UUCACAACUUCCCGGAUGGGGCUGUGGUGGGUCACAGUGCAGCCUCCGGCAGGCAGGAUGAGGUGGCUCCCACUGUUGCUGCUUCUGACGUGGUGCUCAGGGGCCCCUGGGCAGCGGUCACCACUGAACGACUUCCAAGUGCUCCGGGGCACAGAACUGCAGCACCUUCUCCAUGCAGUGGUGCCUGGGCCUUGGCAGGAAGAUGUGGCAAAUGCUGAGGAGUGUGCCGGGCGCUGCCAGCCCCUAUUGGACUGCCGGGCCUUCCACUACAAUGUGAGCAGCCAUGGUUGCCAACUUCUCCCAUGGACCCAGAACUCGCCCUACACAUGGUUGCAGCAGUCUGGGCGCUGUGAUCUCUUCCAGAAGAAAGACUAUGUACGGACCUGCAUCAUGGACAAUGGGGUUGGGUACCGGGGCACCGUGGCCACAACUGCAAGUGGCUUGCCAUGCCAGGCCUGGAGCCACAGGUUUCCCAAUGACCACAAGUACACGCCCACACUCCGGAACGGCCUGGAAGAGAACUUCUGCCGGAACCCGGACGGGGACCCUGGGGGCCCCUGGUGCUACACGACAGACCCUGCUGUGCGCUUCCAGACCUGCGGUAUCAAGUCCUGCCGGGAGGCCGCUUGUGUUUGGUGCAAUGGCGAGAAUUACCGAGGCGCGGUGGACCGCACGGAGUCGGGACGCGAGUGCCAGCGCUGGGACCUGCAGCACCCGCACGCGCACCCCUUCGAGCCUGGGAAGUUCCUCGACCAAGGCCUGGACGACAACUACUGCCGGAAUCCUGACGGCUCUGAAAGACCCUGGUGCUACACCACCGACCCGAAGCUGGAGCGGGAGUUCUGCGACCUCCCUCGCUGCGGUUCUGAGGCACAGCCGCGACCCCAAGCUACGACUCUCAACUGCUUCCGCGGGAGGGGUGAGGACUACAGGGGCACCGUCAAUGCCACUGCCGCAGGCGUGCCCUGCCAGCGCUGGGACGCUCAGAGUCCGCACCAGCACCGUUUCGAGCCUGCGAAAUACGCAUGCAAGGACCUUCGCGAGAACUUCUGCCGGAACCCCGAUGGCUCGGAGGCACCCUGGUGCUUCACCACCCGGCCUGGAAUGCGUGUGGCCUUCUGCUACCAGAUCCAGCGCUGCACUGACGACAUGCGGCCAGAGGGCUGCUACCACGGCGCAGGGGAGCACUACCGCGGCCGGGUCAGCAAGACUCGCAAGGGCAUCCCCUGCCAGCACUGGUCGGCAGAGACGCCACACAAGCCGCAGUUCACGCCCACCUCAGCCCCACAAGCUCAACUAGAGGAAAACUUCUGCCGGAAUCCGGACGGAGAUAGCCACGGGCCCUGGUGCUACACUACCGACCCAGGGACCCCAUUUGACUACUGUGCCCUGCAACGCUGCGAUGAUGAUCAGCCACCGUCCAUUCUGGACCCUCCAGACCAGGUGCUGUUUGAGAAGUGUGGCAAGAGGGUGGAUCGGCUGGACCAACGGCGCUCCAAGCUGCGAGUGGUGGGGGGCCAGCCAGGGAACUCACCCUGGACCGUCAGCUUGCGGAACCGGCAGGGCCAGCAUUUCUGUGGGGGGUCCCUGGUGAAGGAACAGUGGGUACUGACUGCCCGGCAAUGCUUCUCCUCCUGCCAUGUGCCUCUGGUGGGCUAUGAGGUAUGGCUGGGCACCCUGUUCCAGAACCCCCAGCCUGGGGAGCCAGGCCUCCAGCGGGUCCCAGUAGCCAAGAUGGUGUGUGGGCCCUCGGGCUCCCAGCUGGUCCUGCUCAAGCUGGAGAGACCGGUGACCCUGAACCAACGUGUGGCCCUCAUCUGCCUGCCCCCGGAGCAGUACGUGGUGCCUCCGGGCACCAAGUGUGAGAUCGCAGGCUGGGGCGGCACCCAAGGGACAGGGGAUGACACGGUGCUGAACGUGGCCUCGCUGAACGUCAUCUCCAACCAGGAGUGUAACGUCAAGCACCGCGGACGCGUGCGAGAGAGUGAGAUGUGCACUGAGGGCCUGCUGGCCCCCGUGGGAGCCUGUGAGGGUGACUACGGGGGCCCACUUGCCUGCUUUACCCACGACUGCUGGGUCCUGGAGGGACUUAUAAUCCCCAACCGAGUGUGUGCACGGCCCCUCUGGCCAGCCGUCUUCACGCGUGUCUCUGUGUUUGUGGACUGGAUUCACAAGGUCAUGAGGCUGGACUAGCCUGGCUCCGACCCCAUGUGCCCUGGGGAGGACAUAACUUCCUGUCACACAUAAAGCCACCUUUCCUCUUCAA